AUGCAUCGGAAUCGGAGUGAAAAUAGAAUUAAACAUGUGGUCCGACCAUCAGCACCAAGCGAAUACACAUUACAAAAGAAUGUCGAAUUUAAUGGAAAAAUCUAUUCCUACGUUCAGAAGUUAAAUUUAUUAUCACAAAAGGAACAAGACGAGUUGCGAGACUGUGCAUGGUUUCAAGCUGGAUUACCACGUGAAGUAUCACUGGAAAUCCUCCUACAAUUGCAGCCUGGAAGUUUUCUCGUUCGACAAAGUGAGACAGUGAGUGCCUUUGCAUUGUCAUUGCGCGUACCAAACGUAAACAACUUGCCAAAACUAGCACAUUAUUUGAUAGAAAAAUCUGAAAAUGGAUACAGAUUCACCGGCUUUUCAAGGGAAUUUCCAUCAAUAAAAAGUUUAGUUGUUCAUCAUUCAAUCCUGCGAGGACACUUACCAGUUCCAUUGCUCCUUUCCAGAGCUCAAGACUUUGUAAUACAGAAUUUAAUCGUAGACGAGUCAUCUGAAAGUGACACAGAAUUAGAAAAGACAUCGUCGUGCUUUUGUAAGAAGUAG